UGGACGUUAACUUGAUGAAGUCAAUUUUCAAAAAGAAAAAAAAAAAAAGACAGAAAGAAGAGAGGGUGUGUUAGGUAGGCAUAAUAUUAGUGACAGAAUAUUUUCAUUCCUAGAAAUUAGAGAGAAUAUCGAUGGCUACUGCUUCACAAAUUAUGGCCAAAUUGAAUCUGGCUCCACACCCAGAAGAAGGUGGAUUCUACUUCGAAACUUUCAGAGACAAUUCUGUUAUGCUCUCAAAGUCUCAACUCCCACCCCAAUAUAAGGUAGAACGGGCUGUGAACUCAUGCAUUUACUUCUUAUUACCAUCUGGGAAUGUGUCAAAACUUCAUCGAAUCCCAUGUGCAGAAACUUGGCAUUUCUACUUGGGAGAGCCUAUUACGAUAGUGGAAAUGAAUGAGGAAGAUGGAGAGGUCAAAUUAACUUGCCUUGGACCAGAUUUGAUUGGAGAUAAUCAGCAACCUCAGUGUACAGUGCCUCCUAAUGUGUGGUUUGGUGCAUUUCCAACUAAAGACUUUAGCAUUGGUACAGAUGGAACUCUGCUCAAAGCUGCUACAAGAGAUGGGGAGAGCCACUACUCUCUCGUGGGCUGCACCUGCGCACCUGCCUUCCAGUUUGAUGAUUUUGAGCUAGCCAAACGUUCCGAGCUUGUGGCGCGCUUUCCCAAGAGUGAGCCUCUCAUUUCUUUGCUUACCUUUCCUGAAUGAGCUGAAGUUUUUCUUCAUUGAAGAAUGCACCAGCACCUCUCUUUGUUGGGUUGCAUUGGGUGAUGCUACGCUAUGCUUCCUUGGUGGUAUGUCCCAAGAGGAAUAAAACCUAUCUGAACUAUUGUACCAAUAUAAAAUAUACAAUAUACAUAUUGCUCAAUUGUUGUGACAAGUGAAUUAUUGAUUGAAAUGUUAAGAAAGUUGUAUUAGAGUUUGAUGCGUUGCAUUCCUUGGUGA